UAAAAGAAAACAUUUUUGUUUGUGUCAUAAAAAUCUGGUUUCUUUUUCUUUUCCUCUUUAUACUGUGUGUGUGUGUGUGUCUAUUUGGACUGUGUGGCUGGGGCUACACGUCUUCCAUCUCCGAGUCAACACAAGAAAAUAAAGAUGCCUGGACCUCCCAGAAAGUUCUCGACAACUUCUUUCCUGGUUGUUGCCGGCCAAGGAUGCGCUUUGAAAUGGACAAGGCGCCGCUCCAGCACUCGCAUCAACACACUCACCCAGUCGUGUCCAGCAACCCAACGGCUCAUCAGCACAUUCUGUCGGCGGCCGAAGGUGGACUCCCGACCAUGGUCGGUCACGGCCGCUACAUCAAGAACGAUCCGGGCAAUGCGGGCAUCGAUCGAGAGUGCCGCGUCUCCCUGGAAGAACGUGACCUAUGGAGCAAGUUCCAGGAGCUCACCAAUGAAAUGAUUGUCACUAAAAACGGAAGGCGGAUGUUUCCCGUCGUCAAAGUCUCGGUCGGCGGCCUGGACCCAAAAGCCAUGUACUCUAUCCUCUUGGAAUUUCUUCAAAUUGACGUCGAAGGACGGUGUCGGUACGUCGAAGGAAGAUGGAUCCCGAGCGGGAAAGCUGAACGACCGCCAUCCAACGCCAUUUACGUCCACAACGAGUCGCCCAACUUUGGGGCCCACUGGAUGAAGGAGCCGGUCAAUUUCUCCAAAUUGAAAUUAUCCAACAAGAAAUCAGAGCCUGGCAUGAUUAUGCUCAAUUCUUUGCACAAGUACGAGGCUCGAGUUCACAUUGUACGGGUGGGCACCGAUGAGCGACGCAUUUUGACUUACACCUUCCCGGAGACUCAAUUCAUCGCAGUCACGGCCUACCAGAAUCCCGAGGUAACGGCUUUGAAAAUCAAACACAAUCCAUUCGCCAAAGCGUUUCUCGACUCGAAGGAACGAUCCGGCGGCGGUGGCGGAGGACACGGCGGCCAGCACGGCGACUCUUCCGACGGUGGUGUUCAUCCUCAUUCAAUGGUCCACCAUCAGUAUUCACAAUAUGGUUCGUGGUAUUUGUCGCCCAGCGCCGCUCACCACCAGAGCGUCUACGCCGCCCAGCAAUUAGCGGCCGGCGGUGGAGGAUCUCGGCUGCCGUCGGGCAACAACGGAUCGACUUCAUCUUCAUCGCCCGUCGGUCGAGUUUCAUCCGCAUCUUCCGCUUCGGGUGGCGGCAACCCGCAUCACCACGCCGGCAGUCACCGGGUCGUCCCUUACAGCGUCCCGUCGUCCGGACACAAAUCGCCCACCUCCGUUCCCGGUUCUUAUCCAAUCAGUGCAAGUCAGACGACGCCUAGUACGCCGUACGGCGGCCCACACCACAAUGCGGUGCAGUCGGGUGGAUACAACAACACGGCGGCCAGCUGGACUACCAACAACUGGAAUUGCGGGGCUAAUAAUGCGGCAGCCGCUGCUGCAGCGGCGGCGGCGGCUGCGGCGGCCGCAGCAGCAGCAGCAGCUUCUUCUUCGUCUUCUUCCGGCUCGCCACCCAUCAGCAAUAACAACAACAACAACAUCACAAACGGAGCGGUCGGCACUCUGGGAGCGUCGACAUCCUCAGCUGGAUCAGGCGGCAGCAGCUGGGCCAGCAAUCAUCAAUUGCCGUGGCUUUCGUCGGCUGGCGAACCUUUCCAGCAUCAACAACAACACUACAGCACCAAUCCGGCGGCCGCUUACGGCGCUGGAUACAUGUCGUCGUCACAUUACGGCGGAGCACCGACAGCCCACCACAGCACCGAUUUCGGACUGCCAUUUUCUUCGGCCGGCUAUCCCGUGGCAUUGCCGGGCUCCUACCCGUCGGGUCACUACUUUUUCGGCAGCGGAGAGAAUUGCGGAUUCUACAACAACGCCGGAUGCCAACAGCAGCAACAACCUCACCAACAACAGCAGUACCAGCAAGUCUCGCCAGUGGCGGUUGAAAGGUCAGCAUCUACCAGUUCCAGUCCUGGAUUCGAAUCUCAUCAGCAGGUACAACAACAACAACAACAACAGCAGGUAGUUCUUCAACAGCAAGUCCAGGUCAAGGAAGAUCUUCUCUCUGAAAGUUUCAGCGAUCACAGUUCACCAAGACAGGGUUGGAGUCCGCUUACUCCGCCUACCGGAGUUUAAAGUGGAACUUACAAUUACACGAAAAUCAAACCAAAAUCCUGUCAAAAGAAAAAUGAAGUUCGUGACUUGAAAACAAAAAAUAAGAUUUUGUUUUGUUUUUUAAAUUGUCGUCGAGCGCCAGUGACUGCUCUCCUGAAUUGUUUUUACUUUUUAUUUGCAAUUGAGCACUCUAAAAGACGAGGUUAUUUCAUUGUAGGCCCGUAUCAAAUUUAAUCGGACAGUUGUAUCAUAUUUAUCUCCCGUUUCUCUAUACUCGUCUCCUCAUUUUCCCCCCACUUUUUUGUUUAGUUAAAACAAAAUCAUUUUUCGCCUCCUCUUGAAUUGUUUAUUGUAAUCGCCACGGUUAUUAGCCGGUUGCUUCACUGGCACAACGUUCACGAACAUUCACCAUGUGUGUAUUUUUUAUUAAUCCGUUUCAUUUGUGUGUGUGUCCACCUGCGCAAUAAUCCGCUCCCCCAGAUCGCAAUUCGUUGAUUUUACAAUUUUCACGACACCUUCUAUUUCUCUCUCUCUCUCCCCCACCACCACCACCACCAAAAAAACAAAAAAAAAGCACUUUGAAACCCCUCAAUUUUCCUUAUUACUCUCUCUCCAUUAUUGUCUCCCCCCCUCCUCAUUACCCAUCAUUCCCAUUGACUGAUGUAUAAGCAAAACAAAAAAAAAAAGUAAUAAGUCUGUGCGUAGUAGUACUGUAUUGUGUUUAGUGCUGUAAAGUGACAGACAAAAGAGCUGUAAAUAGAUAUCGAAUCAUUUUCACCGA